CUUCAGUCGACAAAAUUUUUUAAUGCGCGCGGUUGUGCGUCGCUCCGUGGCUGAAAUUUGCGAUUUACGAUUCGGGACUUGCGAUUGUGCUGACCAUUUGCCAGUAUUUGAUUCUCGAUUUGUGGUGAUUGUACCCGCCGGAAUAUUUGAUGACCGCGAAAAUGCAGGAGUUUUGAAACUAGUGGCUCGCCCCAAGGACAAAGAGGAUAGAAGGAUAGAAGCUAGCAAAAGGAGGCUCCGUUUUCACGUGCUUAUUAUCGCUCUCUCUUUCGAGCGCGCUCGUGUGUUGGUGAAUGUUUAUAAUCAUUUUUUAUCUCGACGAUCAAUCGUUUGAUACGAGAAGAAACCCAGAAGGGAAUAAUUUAAGUGCCGCUUUUUGUUGUAAUACCGAAGUCAAUACAUUUUUUUCGAGUGGAUGGAUGUGUGCUGUUUGAAUUUUGGAAAAUACAACAACUAGAGAAAGAGAGGAGAGGCGAAUAAGAAAGAAGAAAUAAUAAAUAGCAAGUUGAAAGAAAUUGAAAAAAAAACCGGAUUCCCAGCAGAAACAACAACUAAAGAGCAGCAUCAAAAGAGAAGAAAAGGAAGAAGCAGCAGCACAGGCUUCCAGUAUUCCAUAUCUUCUUGUUGUUGCGCACACGCACCAGAAGAGAGGAGGAUCGACCAGGCAGCUGUUCUCUGGCUCUCUGGAAAGUGGUCAAAGGAGAAGGAGGAGCCAACACGGGAGCUGCAGCCUGGACCCUACAUAUCCAAUGUUCAGAAUUUAAAUGCGCCUCAGGCUGAAUAAAAGGAAAUCCCAGCCAUAAAAAGUAAAUCACUUCGGCGCCAACCAGUUCCAGUCAUCAUGGCUCACUCCAAGGUGAUCCUUAAGAUCCUGUUUUCGCUGUGCGUCUGGUCCUUCGUCAUCAUAGGACUGUUCAAGAUGCACGGUACUAAUCUGGUGCCCCAGGAGUACCAGCAGGUGCCACUCAACGGACGCAUCCUGCUGCAGAAAGACAUUCGCUAUGCGGAAACCACCUCCACGACCACGGAUCACUUCGAUCCCAGCGAGAUACUGGUGGACAAUCGAACAGCCAUGGACGACGACCAGUUGGUCCGAGACGUGGAGUCCCGCAUCCCCUCUCUGCCGAUCGCCUACUGGAGCAAGAAUAAGAACUUCCUGCAGCAGAAGUCGUCGACCUGCGCGAAGUACCCCUCCAUUUUCGAGCUGGAAUUCAACAACAUCUACUGGCAGACGCUGCGCACGUCGAACGGAACGUUCCAGCUUUUUGGGGCUUAUUACGACAUCCGCCGCACCUCGUUGCUGGGACCCACUGUGCGGAUCCUUGGAAUGAUCGACAGGAUUGAGCCCAAGGUGAAGACCUACUGCCAGUUCUGGUUUGACGGCCAAAAGGAGCCGUUCAUCGUGAAAACGUUUGAGUACAAGUACAUCUGGUACAACAAGUGGGGCAACUACAAGCAGGGCAUCUACCAGCCAUAUCUGAUCGCAUGCCAGAUUCCCAAGCCCUUUCACGGCGUGGUGCCCAGCUCCGUGUCGAUGGUGGAGAAGGAGUGUGAUACGGCCACGAACAAUCUGCGGGUCAUCUACAACCGACCGCCCGACGACCAGAAGAAGGGAUUUGCUGUCUGCGUCAAGGGAUUGGACUUCCUCUACGACGACCUGAGUGUGCGGCUGAUUGAGUGGAUCGAAAUGCUCAAUAUCCUUGGGGCGGACAAAAUCUACUUCUACAAUCUUCAGGUCCAUCCCAACAUCACCAAAGUGCUCAAUCACUACGAACAGGAGGGCAAGGUCCAAGUGAUCCCGCUGACAUUGCCCGGUGGGCAGCCAAACGUGCCGGGAUUCCAGCACCUUUACCUAACUAAGAAGACGAACCACAAGCGCCAGAACGAGGUUAUUCCGUACAACGACUGUCUGUAUAAAAAUCUCUAUCUGUACGACUACAUUGCACUGCUGGACAUUGACGAGGUGAUCAUGCCCAAAGGCGGAGCGGUUUUAUGGUCCGAGUUGAUGGACAAAGUGCGUCCAGAGUCGCGCAAGAUCAAGCCGGACGGAUUCCACAGCUACAACUUCCGCAACGUGUACUUCUUGGACGACCAGCAGCACGAACACGGCUGGCACAAGGACAUACCCAAGUACAUGCACAUGCUGCAGCACGUCCAUCGUGCGAAGAACUACACCAAGCCGAAUCAGUAUGUGAAAUGCUUCCACGAUCCGGAGCGCGUGCUCACCCUCCACAAUCACUUUCCACUGAGCUGCUUGGGCGGCGUCUGCAAGUCGUAUCCUGUGGACACCAAGGACGCCCAGCUGCAGCACUAUCGGGCGGACUGCGUCAAGACGCUGAAGAAGAGCUGUGAGGAGUAUCGGGAGCAUUCAGUCGAGGACAAAACCAUUUGGAAAUACAAGGACGAGCUAAUCCGACGCACUAUUAAGGCGCUGGACACCCUCGGCUUCUUCCGCCGCCAAGGAUUGAAUUCCGCUUCCGGUUCUGGGAGCAGCAGCAGCGGAUUGGGCACCACCCACUCCACGGAGCGGUGAUUCACACUUCUCGGGGGCGGAGGAGGCGGAUGGUCCUGGCCCUGGCAACUGGUUGAAGCAUCGGGCAGCAACAUUGGCAACGAGGAGUUUUUCGUGUGAGGAGGCCAGCGGAUGCCGUGCGUUUCACAAUCCGAAUCCGAACCGGACUCCGAUCCCAAAAUGGAGAACCCAGAACCCGUCCUCUAAUCCCUGAGUCUCUGUUGCGCAGAGGAUCACUUGUCUCUGAGUUUAGUUACUAUAUAUGUCCAGAGUUCCCAUCCAAACCCCAUACGUAGCGAGGCACUGUUUUUGAUUGCAAUUCGAUGGCAUUUGUAGUUUGUUUUUAGAGCGUUGUUAAAUAUUACUCAACUGAGUAAUACAUGUAAGUUAACAAUGCUUUUAUAACGUUUGUAAUAUCCCAUUGAGUUUGGUCCCUUGUAAAGAUCUUCCGUCAGAAUGCAUCGAAAUCUAAGACAGAAGCAGAGCUUACUAGUAUGGCUAGUGUAUAGAAGAGGCGUUAGUUAGUCGCGGAGUUGGGAGAGAAAUCUUUUGAAAUUGUGCCUUCGAACUUGGAUUGUAGUCAGUCCCGUCCCGACCCGACCCGACCCGACCCGAAUGACCCGUCCCGUCCUCCCCUAUCAUCCCUUCCAUAUAUCCCAAUUUUACACUUCCAUUCGCAAAAAAAAAAGACACAAGGUCACAACUUUUCAAAAAAUGAGACCCAUCAUAACAUUUGCUUAAGUUAACAACAGAAAGAGAGUCGAGGAUGAGGGGCAAAAGUGAAGGAAACCUAAACUAAGUUCAAGACUGAUGAUGUUUAUUAAGAAUUAUAAAAACGAAAGUGAGGAAAUUUCAAGCGAAUUUUUGUUUUCACAUUUGGAUAGAAUCGAUAUUAUUGUUGUUGUAUAGGCAAGUAAAUGCCCCCCUAAAAAUCGCAAGCGAAAUAUAUCACUAAUGCUAAGCAAAAGACAAAGCAAAUUGAUCAAGUUUGAGUUGUAAACUGUAAAUAGGAAAAUUGUUAACGAAGAGGACAAAGCCCUAAGGAUAAAACUAACUAUAUGCGGAUUAGGCCGAUGUAAAUCGGACAAACUAGCAGGAUAUUGAAGAAGAGGGGACGAGGAUUAGAGAAGCUGCUCAACCCAAUCCUUAAAUGGUGUUUAUUACCGAUCGACCAUCAUACCCAAUAUUCAUGUUUUUUAACUUGUACAUACACAUACACACACACACAAACACAAACACAAACACACACACACACACACACACUUACAUAACACAGCACACAAAUACACCACGCACAUUUCCUUAUGUAAUCUAUAUUAAUUUUUUUAUAGCAGCUUAGUCAAAUUGUUGUUGAAGCUAGAAAGAGUCGUGUACAGUUGGGGCAAUUUGGUUUGCCUGCCAAAACUAUUCGAUAGUUUUACGACUACACAUAAACGAACACAAAUACAUAUACAGAUACAGAUAUACAGAUAUAGACAUACUUCAGUGUAUUAAUGUUAGUUGCUAGCUGAUAAGGACAACCCGUGUGAAGGAAACCCAAUUUUCUUUACUCAUUUUUUUUUUUGAGUAGCUAAUAAACAACAUCUGAUAUGAGAACAAAGUGAUUGGAGAAUAAAUUAAAAAAAAACAUUUCGACUAAUAGUAUCAGUUAUAUUGAAAGCAAAUUAUACGUUUAGAUAUUAACUUAAAUUCCCGAUUCUGUAUCCAACCUUAAAUCAUAAUCUCUAUCAGCAGCCGUUUUGGGAUAAACCAAAGCCCUUUUCAGCACUCUUCCAGCUGAAUGGCUCGGUAAGGAUACUGUGAUACGGCGAGCGUGCCAACGACGUGAGACACCAAACUUCCAGGAAUGUAAACAACAAAGCAUUUAGAAGGCACAAAUGAAUCUACUUUACGCAGGAGCAGCAGCAAAGGGGAAAGUCCUCCAGGAUACCUAAAGCCACUCCACACAAAACUUUCUGCCCAAAGAGCCGAGGGAUAUCCAAGGAAGUUCGCAGGCACCGGACAGGACUAAGAACAAAAGGAUAUGGCUGGAGGUUGGGGGCGAAGAAAUUUGUAUAAACGCAACUUAAGUGAGCAUUAAACACGCUCCACUGGAGGACCAGAAACGGAGCCGGGUGCCGGGAGCCGAGAGCAGGGAGCAGGGAGCUGCGGAACGGAACUCGGGAGCUGCUGCCAAGUUCCCGGGCGUCUAAGUUGGUUAAUAAACAUUACCAACGCCACAAAAACCAUUUACGUGAACUAUUAAAAUUCCGCAGCAUUUAAGUUGCCUACCAGCGCCCUUUCUUAGCCUUGUUUCACGAUUAUAUUUAUUUAUAUGGCACACACGAGGCGGAAACGACGGCAACAGUUUAUGGACUGCAGGAUAAUGAUUAUGUUGAUGGCGACGAUGGUUAUGAGGCGGUUUUCAACACUUUCCAGCAGCCAGCAGCAGACUACUGAUUGAACAUUUUCAGCUCCUAGCUUCCAGCUACCCGGAGCUUCAC